AUGGCGGACUACGAAGAUCAAAAAUACGACGUAGCUGGUGACUACGGCGAGAACGGAGAUUAUGGCGAAGGCGAAUAUGAACAAGAAGAUAUCACCUCCGAGGACUGUUGGAAGGUCAUCAACUCUUUUUUUGACACGAAAAACUUAGCUUCCCUUCAAAUCGACUCCUUCAAUCACUUCAUGCGAUCGUCCAUGCAAGAUUUGGUUAACGAGAAAGGCGGUAUCAUUCUCGAUCAUGCUCAAAACGUCGAUGAGUCUGAUCCAAACCCAAUCGUGAUCAAGCGACAUGAAGUCAAAUUCGGAAAAGUUACACUGAGUAAGCCAAAUAUGGUGGAAGGCGACGGUGUAACUACAGAUUGCAUGCCUCAUGAGGCUAGACUUCGAAGCUUGACAUACGCCAGUCCUGCGUUUGUCAAAAUGACUAGAAGAACGUAUCUGGCCAAAGAAAAACCAUGGGAAGACCAAACUGAGGACAUGGGAGUUGUCAAAGAUGACGGAUCUACACUCUUUUGGAGAGAAAGCUCCGACGAGGACGACGCUGAUUCUGAGAGAGAAGUCUACAUCGGCAAAAUCCCUAUCAUGGUUCGAAGUAUGACCUGUCACCUGAUGAGUGAGAAAUUUCAGAGCGAAAAGGAUCUAUUCGCAUGGGGUGAAUGCCCUUACGACUCGGGUGGCUAUUUCAUUAUUAAUGGUAGCGAGAAAGUUCUCAUCGCCCAGGAGAGAAGUGCUGGCAAUAUUGUGCAAGUCUUCCAGAAGGCCUUACCCUCGCCCUUUACCCAUCUCGCUGAAAUUCGAUCUGUCAUCGACCGCGGAGCUCGAAUGAUGUCACAAGCCACAGUCAAACUCUUCCGAAGACAGGACGGACCAGAUGGUACCAAAAUUGACAAUCCUGUUCGAGUUCAGCUUCCAUAUGUCAAACAAGAUAUCCCUCUUGUCAUCGUCUUUCGUGCUCUGGACAUUGUCUCAGAUGCAGAUAUCUUGGAGAAGAUCUGUUUCGACCAAAGCGAUAAAGAAAUGAUCGAUAUGCUGAUGGGCUCUCUGCAAGAAGGUCAACCCAUUCAAGGUGCUGAGUUGGCCAGAGAUUACAUCGCUCGACGAGGAAAUGUGCCAACCCUGAAGAGUCAUGAACGUCAGAAGCAUGCUAUGGACAUCCUAACGAAAGAAUUCCUGCCUCACAUUGGCCAGACUGCUGAUGCCACGGCACGAAAAGCUUUUUUCCUCGGUUACAUGGUGAACAGAUUAUUGAAGGCGGCUCUUGGACGUGCGGAGCCUGAUGAUCGAGAUCACCUUGGGAAGAAACGAAUCGAUCUUGCUGGUCCUCUGAUGACUAAUCUGUUCCGUCAGCAGUUUGACAAGGCGACCAAAGACUUCUACCGGUAUAUGCAGAAGCGUGUUGAGGCCAAUCAACCUAUAAACAUCAUGGCUGGCUUCAAGCAUCCUAUCAUAACCCAAGGCCUGAAAUACUCGCUCGCUACAGGCAACUGGGGAGACCAGAAGAAGUUAGACAAAGCCAAGGCUGGUGUCUCGCAAGUCCUGAACAGAUACACAUUUGCUUCUACUUUGUCACAUCUUCGGAGAACUAAUGCUCCUAUUGGUCGAGAAGGUAAGAUUGCAAAGCCUCGACAACUUCAUAACACCCAUUGGGGUUAUGUGUGUCCGGCAGAAACUCCUGAAGGUCAGGCUUGUGGUCUGGUCAAAAAUUUGUCUUUGAUGUCGAUGGUGACCAAUUCUUACGAGACUGGCCCUCUUCUCAAUUACAUCAUGUCAAAACAUGUUGAAGCAUUAGAAGAUUGGGAACCCCGUCUAAACCCGCAAGCCACCAAAGUAUUCGUUGAUGGUGUCUGGUUUGCUGUGGUACUGCGUGAUCCGAAACGUUUAGUGGAUGAUCUCCGCAAACUUCGACGGAAGGGUAUAUUUGAUCCUCACGUCAGUCUUAUCUGGGACAUUCGUGACAAGGAAUUCAAAGUCUCCGGUGAUUCGGGAAGACUUGUACGUCCUUUGUUCGUCGUCGAAAAUGAUCCAUCAUCUGACAAUCGUGGCAAUCUGGUACUCAAUAAGGAGCAUAUUGCCAAACUCGACAACACCACGUAUCUGCGAGAAGGCGGUUACCAAUUCAAUGACGAAGUUCGUCCCUAUGGUUGGGCGGACCUUCUUUCCUCCGGUGUGAUCGAGUAUAUGGAUGCCGAGGAAGAAGAAACUGCGAUGAUUAUUAUGACACCCGAAGCUCUAGCAGAUUCCAAAGCCAGAUCUAUGGGCAUGGUUAUCGAGCAGGAGAAUGAUCCGCUCAGACGAAACGACCCCCUGCUGAACCCGUACUCUCAUACCUUCACACAUUGCGAACUUCAUCCCAGUAUGAUUUUGGGAGUCUGCGCAAGUAUCAUUCCUUUCCCUGACCACAACCAGUCACCUCGUAACACCUACCAAUCCGCCAUGGGUAAGCAAGCAAUGGGUAUCUUCCUGACGAAUUUCGAUCAGCGAAUGGAGACAAUGGCAAAUAUUCUCUACUAUCCUCAGAAACCACUUGCUCGGACUAUGGCAAUGGACUAUCUCAAAUUCCGAGAACUUCCGGCUGGUCAAAAUGCCAUUGUCGCAAUUGCCUGCUAUUCAGGCUACAACCAAGAAGAUUCGGUCAUCAUGAAUCAGAGUUCUAUUGACCGUGGACUCUUCCGGUCAUUAUUUUACCGUGCUUAUUCGGACUCCGAGAAAGCGAUUGGGCAUUCAGUCAUGGAACAAUUCGAAAAACCAACAAGAUCCGAUACUCUUCGACUGAAGCAUGGUACCUACGACAAAAUCGAUGAAGAUGGUAUUGUAGCUCCUGGUGUGCGGGUAAGUGGUGAAGAUAUCAUUAUGGGCAAGACAGCUCCCAUGGCACCCGAUGCGGAAGAACUUGGUCAAAGACAGAAGCAGCACGUCAAGCGUGACGUAUCGACGCCUCUUAGAUCAACGGAAUCUGGAAUUGUUGACCAAGUCAUGUUGACAACCACUGCCGAAGGUAAUCGAUUCGCCAAAGUUCGCGUCAGAACGACUAAAGUUCCUCAAAUUGGAGACAAAUUUGCCUCUCGUCAUGGUCAGAAGGGAACUAUUGGUAUCACAUAUCGACAUGAAGAUAUGCCUUUCACCAGAGAAGGUAUUGUUCCCGACAUCAUCAUUAACCCUCACGCCAUUCCCUCUCGAAUGACAAUUGCCCAUUUAAUCGAAUGUCAAUUGUCCAAGGUUGCAUCCUUACGUGGCGACGAAGGUGAUGCUACACCAUUCACAAAGGUCACGGUGACCCAAGUCUCGGACCUUCUCAGACGUAUGGGCUAUCAGUCUCGUGGAUUCGAAGUCAUGUAUAAUGGUCACACCGGUAGAAAGCUCGUUGCUCAAGUCUUCCUUGGACCGACAUAUUACCAGCGUCUGCGUCACAUGGUCGAUGAUAAGAUUCAUUCUCGUGCAAGAGGCCCUACACAAAUUCUCACCAGGCAGCCUGUUGAAGGUCGUGCCCGUGAUGGUGGUCUACGUUUCGGUGAAAUGGAACGUGAUUGCAUGAUUGCCCACGGAGCAAGUUCAUUCCUGAAGGAGAGACUGUUUGACGUGUCGGAUCCCUUCAGAGUUCACGUUUGUGACAUCUGCGGCUUGAUGACUGUUGUUGCGAAAUUAAAGAAGAACACUUUCGAGUGCAAGAAUUGCAACAACAAGAACAAGAUCAGCCAGAUCCACCUUCCUUAUGCAGCGAAAUUGCUAUUCCAGGAACUAUGGAGUAUGAACAUCGCUGCCAGACUGUACACCAAGCGGAGUCGUUAG